AUGGAGUCGUCUGCCAUCCCACCCACCUUCGAGUCCUAUCUCCUCACGCCUUUGGACUAUCUUCCUCCUCCAAUGCAUAUGACUGCUUAUUUGACAUUUCUCCUCAAGGAUCCUGCUCAAGCUGUUCCAGUUUUGGAAGCCGCGGUGUCGCAGUUGGUUUCCCAUCUGCCCUUUCUGACAGGAAAUGUUGGCCCCUCGAACACCUCUGUUCCAGGUCGACAGAACGUCCGCGAAGUCCGGCCCUCAACAGUGAAAAUAAUGAAGCAGUAUCCAAUGCUGUCAAUCAAACAUCAUCCCCAAAAAUAUAUUUCCGCAACGGACCAAGGGCAAGUCAUUUGCUAUGAUGACACCUUCACGGAGGAAUACCUACCCUUGCCGCUCCAUUUCGCCACGGCCGAUUCCAGUCCCGUCUAUCGCUUUCAAGCCAACAUCCUCGAGGACGGAAUCAUCCUGUGUUGUAGCGCUCACCAUAUGGCUGUCGAUGGAAUUGGCCAAUGUCUUGUUCUCGAAGCAUUGGCCUCCUGCUGCCAUGCGUCUGAUGGCAGUUUGUCUCCUCAAGACCUGCUCACCACCCCAGCUCACGAGAAAAGCACUCGCAACCAGAUUCUACAAGCAUCAACUUCCAUCAUUCCUCAAAAUAAAGGCCCUGGAUCCGGUCAAACCUGGGGAACGCCUCCGCCUGAUGGAUCACAAGUCCCAAUCAGCCGCAAAUUCGUUCUGUCGCCCGACCGUGUAUCGCAAUUGAAGAGUAUGUGUAGUGCCCACCUACCCCAAAAUAGCAUCUCCGACAGCAAUCUCUCCCGAAAUGAUCUCGUUCUAGGAUUGAUCUGGCAAUGCGUGAUACGGGCCCGUUCAAUGCUUAGAGGGCCCGAGGAACCAUCUGCGCGAUCAAGCCUCAGCACUGCGAUCGAUGUACGGGCAGCAUUGCGCCCACCCCUGCCACGCACUUACAUGGGCAACGCGGUGAUGACUAUUCCGCUUAUAAGCCCCAUUUCCAAUGCCGAAAUGGUGGAUGCAGGCAGUUCAUCAGUUGUCGCUGAGCUCUUGGAUCCUACUCCGGGGGCCUCGGCCGUUGGGCCGCGUACUCCGGUCGAUGCGACUCGCUUGUCAUAUCUUGCGCAGAUCGCGUUGCUCAUCCGUCGUGGGAAUGCUUCUGUUGACAAUGAAUACAUGCGCCAACAUCUUGCGCAUAUCCAUGCUUCACCUGACUGGUCUAUCUCGGCGGCAUCGCGACCUGCUGAGUUUGGACAAAGUAGUCUGCGCACCAUCGGCACCUAUCGAUUAGAUUUUGGUUCUGUUCUGGGCCGAGUGAGAGAUUUUGAUGUGCCGGAUCCCCGAUUCCGAAGCGCGGCGUGGAUCCUUCCAGCUCGGUUUAAGGAUGCGCCCUGGGAGAUCCGCUUGGUGCUGGAGCCUGAAGCAAUGGCGCUGGUGAGACAGGAUCCGUUAUUCCGGUGGACACAAGGCGAAGAAGGACCAAAGCUGUAG